AUGUCUGCAUGUACUUCUAUGCGCAUCUCUGCGUGUGGAUUGGCGCAGGCUGGCGUGGGAGGGUAUUCUUACGUCUUGAAGCUUAAAAUGGUGCUACGUGAUUGGGUGGACUUGUCUCUCAACCAUUCGGUGCCAUCUUCACUGUUGAUUCUUUCAAGAGCUUUCAGUGUAUCUGGUAAAGUGAGACCAGAGGAAGCUGUUCAAGCUACAUUAUCCUCGCUGCCAGAUGAGGUGGUGGAUACGGUUGGAGUCACAGCAUUGCCAUCCGAAGAUUCUGUUUCCGAAAGGAGGAGAAAGCUGGAGUUCCUAGAAAUGCAAGAAGAAUUAAUCAAGGAGGAGGAAGAGAAAGAGGAAGAAGAUCAAGCCAAGAUGAAGGAAUCUGCAGCUAGGCAACCAGAUGUGGCUUUGGAAGAGAUGAUUACUUCGACGCAAAAUGAGGCACGAGAACAGACAAAAGCUAAAACACUGGAUAAACAAGAGCAACUUUGUGAGCUUAGUCGUGCAUUGGCUGUUUUAGCAUCAGCAUCUUCGGUGAGCAGGGAGCGUGAAGAAUUCUUGAGACUUGUCAAUAAGGAGGUAAUUACAGUUGACUGCUAA